AUGGAGGUCGAUUUUAAUUCAAAUUGUAGCAGAAUAAAUAGCAACAACAACAACAGCAACAACAACAACAGCAACAACAACAACAACAGUAAUAAUAAUAACGACGACGACGAUGACGUUACCAUAGUUGCUUACGAAGGUAUUAAAAAGAAUAAUAAUAAUAAUACUAACAAUAAUAAUAAGAAUAAUAGAAAUAAUAAAAAUAACAACAACAACAAUAAUAAUAAUAAUAACGAAGUUUAUACUUGCUGUGUUAGUAAUAGUAAUAAUAGUAGUAGUAAAAAAUCUAAACACUCGUCGCAUGAAUAUUCUCACAAAGAUAAUAAUAAUAAUAAUAAUAAUAAUAAUAAUAAUAAUAAUAAUAAUAAUAAUAAUAAUAAUAAUAAUAACAACAAUAAUAAUAAUAAUAACAAUAACAUUAAUUUUGGUGGUGAUAAUUUGCUUGAUAGUCACGAUAACAAUAACAGCCAUAACAAUAAUAAUAAUGACAUUAACAACAACUAUAAUACUACUACCACUAAUAACGACAGCAGUAACAAUGACAAUAAUAAUAAUAAUAAUUCUGACAACAACAGCAGCAAUUGCAGUAGCAACAAUAAUAAUAACACUGAUCAUCAGUUGCAACAGCCGAGGGUAAAGAUGGAAUUAAAAAUGGAAAAUUCUCCUAAAUUAACUUCAGCAGCAGCAGUAGCUGCAGUAGCUGCGAGGACGCCAUCAACAGGAAAUGAAUUUAAAAGUGAAUUCAAUCAGAACUAUUUCCUCUCGCCUAGCUACAAAAACACUAAUUUCAAAAUCGCCGACAUUCUGUCGCCGAACAGACUCGCGACAUCGUCAGCAACCGCAACAUCAGCAGCAGCCGCAACAACAACAACAUCAACAACAACGUCGAAAGCCUUGCUACUAGCCACGGCAUCAACGUCAUCGAUAGCAUUAAAAUGCGAACACGUUGAAAAUAUUAUACAAAAAGAUAUUGCCGACAACACGAGCAACAACUCAUGCAACAACAACACCAACAACAACAGCAAUAAUAAUAAUAAUAAUAAUAAUAAUAAUAAUAAUAAUAAUGACGACGACAACAACAACAACAAUAAUAAUAAUAAUAUUGAUGAAGAUGAAGACGACGAUGAUGACAAGCUUUGUGUGGCUGAGAGAUAUAUUCCAUCCAUAAAAAGCGAGAAGGAUGGACUUUUUCUUGUAAAUAACCGAAGUGACGUAACAGCAUCGUGGUCAUUGGCAUCAUCAUCAUCAUCAUCGUUAUCAUUGUUAUCAUUAUCGUCGUCGUCGUCGUCAUCUUCUACAUUGUUAUUAUCAUCGUUGUCGCUUCCAACAGGCAAUAAUAAUAACAUUAAUAACAAUAAUUGCGUGAACGAUAAUAAAUAUAAUAUUGAAUAUUUUAAUUCUAUGCUAGGCAAACAAAGAUCGUCAACUUUCUGCAAGUCGCAAACUCUUAGUCUUGCCCCGGAAAAGCCUUCAUCACCUUCCAGCGUGUCCCUUCGCUGCCACCUCGUCCAGUACCAGGUCAGUCACUCGAAAUCAAGUCAACUACAACACGGGGGCAGGGUUCAUGCACCGACCUACUUACCAGAAGUUGGUCAGGUUGAUGGCGUUGCUGCUACUGCUGCUUCUGUUGCUGCUGCUGCUAUGGACGGCGCUUCAUCUUCUAACGGGGCUUCGCCAGAGAAUAAUAGUAAUAAUAAAAAUAACAACAAUAAUAACAAAAAUAAUAACAUUAGUAAUGACAAAUUUUCGGCGACGACGACAAUAACGACAUGGGCGACUGCUACGUUGGGUACCGGUGGCCAACAAACAGCCUCGCUACAACAAAACGCAGUUAAUGUUGGCGUCACGAACAACAACAACAACAACAACAAUAAUAAUAAUAGUAAUAGUAAUAAAAACGACAUCCACGCACUAUCUGAACGGGGAACAAAAGUUUCACAAACAUCAAUCAGCAUACCUUCCUCUGCUACAAUUAAAUCAAGAUGUGAAGAUGUCAAUGAUGAUGCUGGUGGUUAUGUUUGUGGUGGAGGUGAGAGGAUGGAUGAAGAAUUUCAAUGCAUGGAUAAUGGAACGAAAUCGUUGAUGACGUCGUCGUCGUCGUCGUCUGCUUCGUCCUCGGCCACCAUCAUCAUGGGGAAUGAAGACGAUGACGUAACGAUGACGUGUCACGGCCUGGAUAUACUCAGCUCCAUCGCGGCACAUGCCGAGCACUUGACGUCAUCAUUACCGCCAACGCUAUCGCUGCAACCAUCAUUAUCAGCAUCGCCGUCGAGUCUGUUAUCAUUAUCAUCGCUUUUAUUACCGGUUAACCUGUCUUAUCUUGCGUCGUCGUCGUCACAAAUGACGUCAUCGUCGCUGCAUACCAGUCGCAAGUUGUCGCUCUUCGAUAUUCCGGUUUCUCUGUUUUUGAAUGAAGAUUAUCAGGGUGUUCACCAACAACAACAACAACAAUCACAUCUGCAACAAUCACAUCAACAACAAUCACAGCAACAAUCACAUCAGCAACAAUCACAUCAGCAACAAUCACAUCAACAACAAUCACAUCAGCAACAACAAUCGCAUGAGCAGGGGGAUGAGCAGCAGGAACAUCAGUCUCCUCCGCCAUCUCCAGACCUCUCUCAGUCUUACAACGUGCCGAAGACACAGGUGAACUUCAUCUUCCUUACGACAACGUCAACGACAUCAACGAACUCAUCGCAUCUGUACAACAACCACAACAAUAACAACAACAACAACAAUAAUAAUAGCAACGUUAUAACGACAAUUUAUUCGAGUGAUAUUGAUAGUAUGAUAAAAAGUAACUGCCAUUUCCAUGAGAGUGAGAGUGAGGUUGACCUGAUGAUGAAGUUGCAAGAGGUUAAACUGAUGUACAAGCAGCAGCAUGAUGAACUGGCCAGGCUGCAAAAGAAAUCAACCAAUCACAGGUGA